CCCGCGAAGUGGUUGGUUACCGGUUUAACGUGUGAUAGUUAUGAUUUGCCGCCAUUCGUUUUGUAAGAUUUAGUGGCUUGUGUUUUUGUGAAGCGUUUUAAUGUAUGAAGUUUUCGAAAAAUGGAAGAGUCAGGCUCGAGGAUUUUAGAUUUUGAUUCGUCGGUUGAUGAUAACUAUGAUUUUAACAACAGUUCAGUUUUUGAUCAUGACACUUCGAAUGAGGACGGAGCUCCUAAACUACAGCAAGAAAAAUCAAGUUUACAAUUUGGACUAGAUUGUCAUAAUCGCGAGUUUAGUGUUAACAGUUGUGGUGAUGUGACAAACUCUACUAAUUUAAAGGUGUCCCUUUCCCCGCCGUACAAAGGAGUCCGUGCACUCAGGCUUCUCGAUUCGCCCCUUACUCCGAAGACAAUAAUUGAAAAUAGUUCUGGAACAGCGUUUUCGACGCCGUUUUUACGUCGUUCCAACCUCUGUCUUGCCAGGCGACAAAAUGGGCGUCCUCGAUCAAGAUUAUUUACCGCCCCCGAAGCUUCAACAGGAGAAAACAGCGAUAACAAUAAGCCAGCAGCUAACAUAAACCCAUUCACGCCAACUGGAAUGCUUCUUUCAAGCAAAAAGAGAUCUAGAUCCAAGAGGAGUCUUGUGGGAUCACCACCUCCGCCUUCACGUGGUUGCUCGGUUGCUAUCCAGGCAGCAUCAGAUGAUUCAGAUAAUGAAGUGGAACAACCGACAAAGAAGCUGGCUCUCCAUGAUUCAAAUAUUUCAAGAUACCACAAGGAAUUUCAUGAACUUGAACUUAUUGGAACUGGAGAGUUUGGAACUGUAUUUAAGUGUAUCAACAGACUUGAUGGUUGUAUAUAUGCAGUAAAGAAGAGUAUAAAACCAAUUGCUGGCAGUGCUAAUGAGAAAGCUGCUCUCAAUGAAGUAUAUGCUCAUGCUGUUCUGGGAAAGCACCAACAUGUUGUGCGCUAUUAUUCUGCAUGGGCAGAAGAUGACCAUAUGAUAAUUCAGAAUGAAUAUUGCAAUGGUGGUAGCCUUGCUGAUCGCAUUAUAGAAAAUCACAGAACUGGCACUGCAUUUUCAGAAUCAGAGAUGCGUCAACUCUUAACUCAUGUGGCUGAAGGACUCAGGUACAUCCAUUCUCUUCAGCUGGUUCAUAUGGACAUCAAACCUGGAAAUAUAUUUAUAUCCAGAGAAAAGAGGCUAAAAUUAUUGAAAGCUGAUCAGACAGAUGAUGGUUUUGAGGAAGAAGAUACUGAGGAAAUAACAUACAAAAUUGGUGACCUCGGCCAUGUGACAUCAGUUGCUGAUCCACAAGUGGAAGAAGGUGAUUGCAGAUACUUGCCAUAUGAAAUUCUCCAAGAAGAUUUCAGCCAUCUUCCAAAGGCUGACAUAUUCGCUUUAGGUUUAACUGUCUACGAAGCUGGAGGUGCUGGUCCUCUCCCGAAGAAUGGUCAGGAAUGGCAUGACAUUAGAGAUGGCAAAAUUAAGUAUUUGCCUAAUGUGAGUCGUGACUUCAAUGAACUUAUCAAGGACAUGAUACAACGUGAUGCCAGUCACCGCCCGAGUGCAGUAGAGAUCCUGCAGCACCGUGCGCUUUCUUCUGAAAAUAAGAGUAAGGCCCAGCUUCAGCGAGAGCUGAAUGCAGAACGUCUGAAGAAUGAGUUCCUGUCACGCCGCCUGGAGGCGGCUGCACAGUGUCUCAAGUCAGUUACUCCUACAAUCCUCAUGAAAGUCGCUGGUGCAGGUGGCAUUAGUGUAGAUGCCAAUUGUCGUCCCCAAGUGAAUAUAAUUUCUCGAUCCUCUCGCCUCAUUGGUAAGAAGAUUAAUCGCAGUCAUAGUGUAACAGGCUUCUAAUGUGGAGUAAAGCAGUUGUGUAUGGCCUGCAUUGGUUUUAGUGCCUUAUAGUUACAGGAACUACAAGGCUGAACUGGCUGUCUCCUUUGUCACCUCAGGGCACUUCUAAGUUGACUAUGAUGUGUUAAGCCAUCUUUUACAAAAGUGUGUUCUAUUUUACAAAAGUGUGUUCUUGCAUUUAAAAUGUUCUUUCCUUAAUUUGAGCUUGAUGUUUUAUGUAGCAUUUGUGCUGAGUUUUAAGGCCUGACUUUACUGGGGUGAUAAAUGCUAUAUUUCUGAAAUGUUGUUAGUAACUGAUUUGUAGAAUUUCAGACAAGAAUUGUAGUUGACAUUGUAAGAACUUAACAUUGUAAGAACACUUGACUGCAAUUUAAAUAGAGUUAGCAAAAAUGUAAAUAUCUGUAAAGUAUUUGCAUUUCAUUUUGCUUUUAUGUUUUAAAAUGUCAUUCAACAUUAUAAAUUUUACUUAAUUUUGGAGAAUCGUGUUUAGAAUUGAAUUAUUUUCAUCCUUGCUGUCUCUUAUUUGCUGACAAGCAUUUUCUGUGAAAGAAACUGUGUCAUUAACACUAUCGUGUUAAUGGCAACGAGCAGAAAGGGCUAUCCUAAGACAGGCAACAGUAAACCUGUUGACAGAUAGAAAACUAAACAUUUCUCUGUUCGUAAAAUAUUGACGUUGAGCCAGUUUUUUCAGUAAUUCCCCUACAUCAAAUGUAUUGGAAAAUGUCACAUAGGGGAAUGGUAGUGUGCACCAGUUGGUGACUGGUGCAGUGAAGUGCUGUUUCUUCGCAUUUUAGUGGAGAAACUGGAAGCUGUGAGUAAUUAAGAAGAGAGUGAGAGUAGAGCAUUGAAAGGGUAAUAGUAAAUUGUUGCCAUAUUUUACAUUUCCUCAUUAUUUACAGUUAAGUUCUUUUGUUUCAAUUCAUUUUCUUACUGAUCUUGAAUCCAUUUCCCCUAAUCUAAAUUUUGGAGUUGUUGUUUUUAGUGAGUAUGAAAAGCUUUGAACCGAAAGAUUUUAAACAAAAAUAAUGAGAAAACGUAAAUUAUUCAGUAUUCAGUGUGAAUUCAGUUUUACAUGAUUUAUCAUUCUGUUGUCAGUACCUGGUUGGUGGAGCCAAAUUUAAUGUAUUCCUUGUUGAUACCUUGUAUAUGAUCUAUAAUUGUCAUAACAAAAUUUAUUGUGAGCUCUUUCUUUCUUAUUCUUGGAUGACAUACCAUUUGUAAAACACUUGGUUACAUCUGUCAUCUCCUCAACAUUUACUAAAAUAAAACUCCGGGAAAACUGAUGGUUCAGAAGAUGCUUAAUAUGGUGCAUAAUUCAGAGGUUCGUAGGUCUCCAAAUUUUUAGUAUGUUUCUGCGUUCUUUUGCAGGUUCUUGUCUAUUACAUUGCUGACUACAUCUGGACAAGAAAUAAAAAAUGAAUUGAGUAACAGUCAUCAUGUUUUCAAAUAUGAGAAACAUUUAGUUGUUUGCUGAUACAUUUAAUGUGUUGCUGUUAAUGUUAGUUUUCUGUCUGUUUAGUUGGAAGUAUUUCAGUUCUUUGUUUAUGUUAUGUGUAAUGAGUAUACUGACAAGCUAAAGGCUUGAAGUGUUUUUACAAUGUCAUACCAUGAACAGCCUACAGUUCAUUUUAUUUAGGUGGAGGUAACUUUCUCAGUAGUUAAGACUAGUUGCUUCCAAAGAAUGUGUAAAAUUUAAUCCUUUACCACAUGUUCAUUACAGCAGUUGCAAAAAGCUAAUGUGAUAACAUACAAGGAAGCUGUUCAUGUAAAUAGUGUGUGUGUGUGUGUGUGUGUGUGUGUGUGUGUGUGUGUGUGUGUGUGCGUGUGCGCGUGUGCGUGCACUUGAAUCUCAGCAGUGCUAAGUAACUUUGAACACUUGUAAGACUGUAAAAUUUUUUAUUUUGUGUAUAUUUUCAAAUAAAUUCAAUAAAGGUUAUCAGAAUUGGUA